UCUCACUCUCUCAGACACACCUCCCGAUGUCUUCUUCGUCUCGAGAAAAACAAAAAGCUAAUUCCAAUUUCUCUUCAUCUUCUUCUACCUCUCUUCAUCAAGAAAUUCCAGCUUCUCCCCAAAAUCUCUUAUCAUCUGUACUUGAUGGAGAGAAAAACAACAUAAAGAAAUGGCGAGGAAGAUGAAUGCGAUUGGGGUUAUUCAUAUCCUAUCUUCGUCUGAUGAAGAGGGAGAUGAUUAUGGUGAUGAUAGUUCUCCUGUAAUACUACUAUCCAAGUCGAUUAAAUAUGCUAUGGAAGAUGAAAAUCAAAAGAAGAACACAGUAAUGGGUCGUGACGAUGAUUGCUUGAUUUUGGAUUUGAAUCCAUUUGAAGAUAUACACAAGCUCUCUAUCAAAGAGGAAGAAGAAGCCAUGAAGGAUGAUUCUCUGAAACAAGAAGAAUAUCUUACUGCUCAAUUUGGUCAGAGAAUACAAUAUGCAGAGACAAAAUCAGAAUGUGUUAAGAAAGAAGAUGACAUUCUUGGGGAGAAGAAAAAGAAUCAAGACGAAAAUGCUGAUAGAAACCGAAAGGUUGAAAAUAUGCCGGAAGCUGGUUCUAGAGCUAAUGGUGCAAGAGCAACUGCUCAGAAUAAUGGUGGAUCCACCAAGAAGAAUGUGAUAUUUAAAAAGGAAAAUGCAUGCUUCCAAGAGGUUCACUCAUUUGAGUUGUUGGAGGAAAGUCCAACACCUAAGCACUUGGGUACAGGGGAAAUGAGUGCUACCCUUAGCGGUUAUUUAGCUAGACCAAAAGUGAACACCAGAUUGGGAAAAUGGCUGGUUGCAAAGAAUCUGAAUUUCAGUUCUGGAUCUUGUAGCACGUCAAGUGAUAUAUUUAAGACUCCGAUGACUUCAUUGGAGUGUGUCAAUGGUGAAAGUCCUAAGAUAUCGGUGGAGGAAACUCAGGAUAAGGUAGCUCGAAAACUCUCAUUGGAUAUUCUUCCUCUACUGACUAGUUCAAGUGGGAUCGACAAAGACCCUGAAAAGAGCAAUGCAGGGGUGCUUACUAUGUUUGAUGAAGGUUGUAAAGAAAUACAAAAAUCAGUUGAAAGGCUUUCUUUGGCGCAACGCCUGUCCUUUUUGGACGAUAAUCACCAGAAUCCAUUUACGUUGCUGCUAAGAGCUUGCAAGCAGUCUGCUCCUUCCACAUUAUUGGACUUGUUCUCCCAAUACUGUGACCCUGGUAGUAUAGAGAAGAUUGGUGAGGGAACAUUUGGAGAAGCCUUCAGGGCUGGUGGGAGGGUCUGCAAAGUAGUGCCUAUCGACGGUGAUUUAGUGAAUGGGUUUGUACAAAAGAAAUCCAUAGAAUUGCUCGAGGAGGUAUUGCUUUCAUGGGCUCUGAAUAGUCUAAAAGGUCAAGAAGCCGAUUUGGACAACACAUGCACAACCUUCAUUGAGACAGUAGAUGUACGAGUUUGUCAAGGUGUAUAUGAUGCUUCCCUCAUAAAAGCAAGGGAAGAUUGGGUUGUAAGACAUAACUUGGAAAACGAUCACCCGAACGAAUUUUCAGGGGAACAGUGCUAUGUUGUGUUUGUCCUAGCAUAUGGUGGUGAGGACCUUGAAAGCUUUGUGCUCUCAAAUUUUCACGAAGUCCAGAGCUUAUUGGUUCAGGUUGCAGCUGCCUUAGCUGUGGCAGAAGCUGCUUAUGAAUUUGAACAUCGAGAUCUCCACUGGGGAAAUAUCCUUUUAACUCGAAGGGGAGUUGAAACAGUAAAAUUUGUUCUCGAGGGAAGACAAAUGCGGGCAAGAACGUUUGGAUUGUCCAUAUCAAUAAUUGAUUUCACACUUUCCCGAAUCAAUACCGGAGAAGCUAUACAUUAUCUUGACCUAUCUAAUGAUCCAGAACUGUUUAAAGGUCCUAGAGGUUGUAAACAGUCAGAAACAUAUAGGAAGAUGAGGGAGGUUACUGAGGAGUGCUGGGAAGGAAGCUUCCCCAAGACAAAUGUGUUAUGGCUGCAGUACCUGGUUGACAUUUUGCUGCAGAAAAAAUCAUUUGGUCAAACUUCGAAGGAAAAAAGGGAUCUUCGAUCACUGAAGAAACGGUUAGACACAUGCUGUUCUGCCAAAGAAGCAGUUGCUGAUCCUUUCUUCAGCAGCUUGUUCAUUGAUCAUCAAUAACAUUUAACUGACACAAAAUAGGACAAAGAAAACCAAAGUCUAACUUAUUGACAGUAUAUCACCCUAGUUCUCACACUCGUUGUAAAUAGGCUUUGUUUUGGUACUCUCACCAAACAAUAACCCGAUUGCCAUGCUGUGUAUACCAGUUUGCAUGGAAAUAAAAGAAGAGUAUGCUAUUAGAAAUUUUUGUAAUGAGCUAAAGCAUUCGCCCUCUAAAAUUAAGAUAUUCAGAGGGAAAUUUUUGAUGUAUUCUGUUUGUAUGGGAUCUAUUGCAAUUGCAGGGUUUAUACUUUUAAGUUUUAACCCAGAGGGAUUCUACCCUGUGUUCCUGAAUUAUACAGUACAAUUUACUUUUUU